AUGGCCAUCUACAGCGCUGUCCCGCCUCCUCCCGAAUCGCCCCCUCCCAGCCAGUCGCCGGCGAACAUCAUCUACCCGUCGACUCCGGCAUCCGGCACCGCCAUCGACAUCGAGGCCUGGACCAUCUCGGCCCUGCAGUCCCUCAGCGUCUCGCCCGUUGCCCGCGGCACCGGAAGCCCUCUGUCCAUCCCCCUCGAUGCCCUCGCCGGGCCCUCCAAGCGCGCUGCCAGCCACCAGCAGGUCACCAUCGCAACCUCUUCAGAGGAGGUCCAUGUCACCGUUGUUCCCCGCAGACCGCCUUCUGCCCGGGACAGCCAGAAGCGCAGAGAGGCCCUCCUGAAGGGCAAGGAAGGUAGCCGGCAGCGUCGGCGAUGGGAGAACGAUCGUCUCGUGGGCGUCCCUAACGUCCAGCCGCCCGAGCCCGCGGACUGGGAAGUCCACCCGACGCAUCCCAUCCAUCGAGUGCCCUACCAGCUCGCCCAGUUCUGGGACCACGGCGUGCGCCAGCGCAUCCAGGACAAGACGUCCAAGCUCCAGGCCGCGCGCAAGAAGCAGCAGCUCAAGUCGGGCAGCGCAACGGGCCUCGGCGUGGGGGAGGUGCCGCGCGACCUGCGAGAGUCGACCAAGCGCAGCCCCGUCAUCCGCACCUGGGUCAAGGCCCUGGAAGAGCCCGUGCGACAGUACAUGAUCGACGAGCGGCGGAAACGCCAGGCUGAGGAUGACGAGGACGCGGAUAGCGCAGCGGAAGAGAUGGACUCGGAUGACGAGGAAAUCGUCUUUGUGGGCCGCAACGGCAGAAUGCGAGACUUGCAGCAGAAGAGGGCGGCGGCUGCUGCUGCGACGGCGGCGAGAUACAGGACCGCGCACCGAGAGGUGUCGCAGGAGACUGUCGAUUCGGGGCUGUUGUUUGAUUCGUUUGGCGAUGAUGAGAGCGCUGCCUAUAAGCGGUGGCUUACGCAUGCCAUCUCGGACUACUAUGGCCUGACGUCGCGGUCGGUCACCCUCGCCAACGCACAGAGGGUGGUGUAUAUCGGCUUGAAGCAGAUGCCGCGUCUGCAGAAGGGCCUUGCUCCAAUGAACCAGCUGCCACGACCUCUGUGGGAGAUUUGCUGA